AUGUGGAACUUACUAAAAGCAUUCACUCUAGUAUUCGGAGGUUGUUGUUCCAAUGUUAUUACAUUUGAAACAUUAAUGAGCAACAGAACAAACAGCAUUAAUAAUCUUAUCACGUUUUGUCAAUUUUUAUUUGUUACAUGUCAGGGGCUCCGCAACUUUAUAGAUCUUCAUCGACCUUUCCCUUACUUUAAGCCACUGAAAACUCCUUUCCAUGUUUAUAUCAUUACUGUCGUUUUGUUUUAUAUUUCGUCCACGACGAAUAAUAACGUAUUUAAAUACAACAUAUCCAUUCCAAUUCAUAUUGUUUUCAGAUGUUUUGGAACAGUCAUAACUAUGUUUACAUGUUGGUUAUUAAAUGGUAGGAAAUACACUAAGAUUCAGAUUUCAUCAACAUUAUUUUUAACAAUUGGAGCUAUAAUGGCAUCGUUGUAUAAAGAUGUCGACUUUCGAUACCAAGAUUUGAAAUUGCAAGCGUUGAAAAUCGGACGUGACCAACCUGUAGAUCGCACUUUUAUUUUUGGUAUUUGUAUACUAGUAUUUUCAUCAUUCACAUCAUCUUUACUUUCAGCAUACAAUGAACGCACGUAUCAAAAAUAUGGUAAGCAUUGGAAAGAGAAUAUCUUUUACAGUCAUUUUUUAUCAUUACCUCUCUUUCUACUUAAUCGAAAACAGUUAAUUUACGAAUAUCAAGUAAUGAGAAAGUCUGAAAGGAUAUUGUGUUUGAAUUUUGGGGGAAAGGUUAAAGUCCCGCGAGAAGAAGCUAUACUUUUUUUUAAUGUAUUGACACAAUAUUUUUGUGUCAAGGGUGUUAAUAUACUUGCUAGUAAAACAAAUGCUCUGACACUUUCCAUAACACUACUUGUAAGAAAAUUUAUAAGUCUUUUACUGAGCGUCCAACUUUUCGGGAACAGCCUAUCGUAUACUGGCUACAUUGGGGUUAACCUAGUAUUUUUUGGUGCCUUUGUAUACUCGCUUGGAUCAAUUCGCCCCAGGCAAAAAGAUAAAGAAACCGUAGGGAAGAUCAAAUAA